AUGCGUCAUCAUUCAUCAGUUACUCAUCACCCUAGUAGCGGAAAUAAUAUAGGAGGGAGUCACGGUGUUCAGCAGCUCCUGGUGGCAGAGAAAAGAGCUGCUGAGAAAGUUGCAGAGGCAAGAAAACGAAAGGCUCGGAGAAUAAAGCAAGCUAGAGAAGAAGCGGAAGCAGAAAUAGAAAUUUUUAAAUCGCAGAAAGAAAAACAGUUUUUAGAAUAUGAAAUUAAAUACAUGGGAAAUAGUGAAGAUAUAGCUGCUAGUAUUCAACAGGAAGCUGAUAAGCAAAUUGCCGAACAUGAUCACAGAGUUCGAGAAAAUAAAGAUGCAGUAAGAACAAUAAUUUCUCAUUUAGAUAUUUUAACAACCGUAACAUUAAAUAUUCGUGUUUCACUAUCAUUUCAAUUCAAAGAUUAUAAAGCAAAGUUACACUUUCAGUACUAG